CUUGACUGCCCGAGUCGCCAUGAACGAGCCUGAGCGCUACGAGCUGUUUGUGCUCCCCGAGGGCGUGGAAAAGUUGUCGCUGGAGAAGGACACCAAGGUGCCGAAUGCGGCGACGUUCACUAUCCAAUGUGAGGACCACACGCUGGGCAACUUGCUCCGGAUGAAUCUGCUCGAGAACGACAAGGUGCUCUUUGCCGGCUACAAGAUCCCGCACCCGCUGGAGAACUACCUCCUGCUGCGGAUCCAGACGGUGCCCGAGUCGACCCCGUCGGCGGCUCUUCAGCAGGCGCUCUCGGACCUGGUCCAGAGUGUGGCCGUUCUGGAGGAGACGUUCAAGGAGCAGAUGAGCGGGAUCAAGUCGCGCGAGGGCACGUAUCUGUGAUGGCGGAAGGCUGGUGCCGGCUCGUGCGGUCCGGAGCCUCACCGGGGGCGGCGAUCUGUUUCGUGCCCCUCCCUCUACACCCGAGAGCCGAGUAAAGAGCGCUGGAUAGAGA